GAUAGGGUGCCUUUAUGAAAGCGAUUAAGGUACCCGAAAAAAUAACGUUAUUUUUCGGUAGCGAAAUAAAUUUAUUCGUCUACCUAAAUGGUUCGGAUUAAACCGGUAUGACGUCAUACCAUUAUUUAUAGGUAUCGUUUUUUUUUUCGGUUAUGCAGUCCCUGCUUGACAUAGGGUACCGUCCGAACGUGAAAAAAAAGGAGCCCGUCUUAGUUAUUAUUAUCCGGCGUUGAUUUCAAAUUGUAAACGAGCUAUACCAGGUGCAGCCUGUAACACGAGCAAAAAUUAAACUGUAGUCUGUAUAUACUCCCCAAAGUAACCAACAUUUGGACUUUUAAAAACAGUUUGUAUUUUGAUCUUUAACCAAAGAGUAAAGUAAGUAUUUUUAACACACCUUAAAGUUUAUUCUAAGACGCAAUCUAUUGCGAAUUGUGUUAUGAUUAAAUCGUGACAAGCAACAAUUACACAGAUCAGAGCUUACAUUAAGAUUAAUAUUUAAUUUAUAUGAAAAAUAGGACGUCUAAAGACUUCAUAAUUUUUUAAAGUUAUUGAACUAAAUUUUUAAUGUUUGAGGAGUAUGAUUUGCUCGAGUCACAGGCAACACCCAGUAUAACCCGCUUGAUGAUAGCGGUUACCGUAACAUAUAAAUGCGCAUUGCUAAGAUAAUCGUUGCUGUCCAGCCAGUUUUUGUCCAGCUAUUCCUGCUACGAUGCUGCCUUUACUUUCUCCGUUAGAUCAGAUAUAGGUCAGUCAACCUUACGACCUAUUUAUCUUGAUUCUUGACACGUUUCUCUAGUUAUAUCAUGGACUGCGCGACGCGCGAGUCCAACUACCAAAAAUUACACGCACGACAUACCCGCGAGGGAUAGUCACAGACCAAGCUCAUCCAGCCGCGGUGCAAUGGCCGGCCCCGGCCUGGGGCAACCGCCUUCCUGAUCACGGUACACCCUGCGCAAGGUUAGUAUGAUGUUCUAACUCCACCAGCCCUUAUAUGUCGCCGCAGAAAAAUCUUAAUAGCGCCAUUUACUUAUAGGUACAACGACAUCUAGCGGGCAAUUGGGGAGUUCGUUUUGUAUUGUAAAAAAAAGUUUGAAAAUUAAUUUUGUUGUAAUGAGAACUUAUCUUAUAAAUAUUGUAACGAUGGUUUCAUCUUAAUUUGGUUUGUAAACUACAAUUCGUAGUUAUUAUUGAACUUUAAAGAAAGUAGAGAGUAUGUCAACGAAUCGGAAGUAGUUGUAAGUAGGUAUAGUAAAAACUUAUUUUCAUGAAAACUACUUACGUCAUGUAACAAAUCAACCAUACGUCUUGGGGAUGUCACUCAAAUGUCGCCAUCUACCAUGGUGACAUAAAGGAAAACAUAAUUUGUAUGUUCUAACUGUUCACUUAAAUUAAUAAUACCAGUAAACAUCAAUGAUAACAGAUAUUAAACAAGUAUGGUCUAUUCCAAACCCUCUAAAGUUUCUUCAAAGCCCGUGUGAGUGUGGCCAAUAUGAUUGUUGACGAGGUGUUGGAGUGGUGCAAGUGCGGCACCGGCACGCUGUCAGCGCUACCCACUGUACUAUGGGCGGCGGGCGCUGCGGCUCUCGCCCGGCGGUUGCUGGUCGUGUUGUUCCGACGUAGCAUGUUCCGGCGCGCUCCCUACUGGGAGCUGGCGCUGCAGCACCUGCUGUUCGUGUGGAUGGUGAUCUACAGCGUGCACUUCUGGGUGGUACUAGUGCGGCUGGUGAAGCUGCUGAUCGACGUCGCUUACAACGAAGAUAACGACGUCCCCCUGGCAGCGGCGCGAGAUGGGCCCGCACGGGUACUACCUGCAGCGGCCGGCGCCGCCGCCCGCGCGCGCGCCCGCGCCGCCGCCGGCCGCCCCGCGCCGCGCCUUCUCGGCGCCGCAGCUUGCCCCGCACCACAAUACUCGCAAACACUCCAAGUCUAUCUGAAUAUACUUUUGUAUAAACAAUUGUGUCUAAUUAUUUCAGCCACCCUAAACAUUCCAUAACUAUCCCGAAAUGGUCUGUGUUUGAGGAUAGGACAAAAGUACAUUGAUUCUAAGUUUGCAACCUUCGUACAACCUUCCCGUGUCUUGAAAAUAUUGGAUCCUAAGGUCUCAGCCAUCGUAGGAACCAUUAGAUAUAAAUAAAUUAUAUUAGGGUCCCGGCUACCGCAGGUAUAUUAUAUCAAGAUAUAAAUUAAUUCUAGAAGGUCACAGUUGUUGUGGGUACCAAUCUGGUGUCAGCUACGGUAGGGUAGGUGUACAUGUACAUUAAAAUAUAACUUAGUGUCUAAGGUCACAGCUGUUGUAGGUACCGUACGAACACGUACAGGCACCAUCAGAUAUAUGAAUAAUGAGAAGUGACCUUUAGUCGACGAAACAGGAUUGUCGACGAAACGGUCCAGCGAGAUGUGGUACCGCGACCGCGUGAGCUUGAGGGCCUACGCUAGCUGACGCGGACGCCCGUCGCGUGCGCACGCACGCGGGUGCUAUUUGUAGGUGAAAUCCGCCGCACGCGUCUGCUUCAGUUAGCGUCGCUCAUACUAUUUUUCGUUAACCCGCUCGUCCGCUCCGUGCACCCGCGCCAGCUAGCAUAGGCCCUGAGGAUAUAUUUUUAUUUUAUGUUAUAGGAGGCAAACGAGCAGACGGAUCACCUGAUGGUAAGCGAUCACCGCCGCCCAUGGACACCCGGAACACCAGAGGGGUUGUAAGUGCAUUGCCGGUUUUAAGAUGGGAGUACGCUCUUUUCUUGAAGGCUUGAAGGUCAUAUCGGUCCGGAAAUACCGCAGGCGACAGUUCAUUCCCCAGUUUAGUUGUGCGAGGCUGAAAGUUUCUGGAAAAAUGCACAGUUGAGAACUGCCUACCGUAUAGGCCCUAGGGCGAUGGCAAAAAAAAAGCGGCAGAGAUUAAUCCGAACAAUUCCUCGGAGCACUCCCCGUUACCGUUAUACAUGCGAUAGAAAAUGGAGAGCGAAGCCACAUCUCUACGCAGCGCAGAGUCAAGCCGAUCCGAAAUACGCAGGCAGUCGACAAUUCGAGUCGCUCUUCGCUGGAUGCGGUCCAGAGGGAAAAGCUGGUACUGGGGUGCCCCUGCCCAUAGAUGAGAACAUUAUAGGUAAGCGGUGCGCCACAG